AUGUUGGAAGCAACAAUUAGAAAGACUUGUGAAGCACUUGUCGAAAGAUUAAAAAACUCUGAUAAUGAUCUUACUAAUUGUGAUAAAUCCUCCCUUUACUUGCUUCACGAGUGUUUAAAUACAGUUUUUCAGGUAAAUUCUGAUGAGAUUUUAUCGGUAUUACUGAAAGCAACAGCCCUUGUCGACUAUGCUACCGAAAAAUUACACUCGUAUCCAUACAAGGAUGUACCUCUUUGUUGGAGACGUUUAUAUACUGAUGCGAGUCUCGUAAAAAGCUUUUGUGAAAUUUUUGUAACAUUGAAAACGGAAAACGAAAUAGAAUCAUGGAAACAAAUCAUUAAAACUUUAGACAUGGCAUUGAUUAUGACGGGGGCACCAGGAAUUGAUAGGAAAGAAAUGAUUUUCAAUCUAAUUGGGGAAGUGGAAAAGAUCAUUAAGGAAAUUGAAGAUGAAAAAGAUUUUAUUACUUUAGCUGAAUUUCCGAUGAAACGUCAAAUUGAUAUAGAUACAAAGGGUGUAGACAAGUUUGAAAAACGCGUAAAAUUAGAAAAUAAAGUUGAAAAUAUGCCAACUAUAAGAUUUCCCAUAUCAAAAAUGUCAUCUCCUAGUCUGGUUGCAUUUGCUUCACAUAUUAACAAACCAAAUCCCACACCUUUUAUACUUACCUCUUGUAUUUCACACUGGCCAGCACUUUCAACCAACCCUUGGACAGAUCUUGAUUAUCUUUUGAGCAUUACGGGAAAAGGAAGGAUCGUUCCGGUUGAAAUUGGUGCAAAAUAUACGGAUGACUCGUGGUCACAGAAAUUGAUGAAAUUUGAAGAAUUUGUGGAGAAUCGGGUCAAAACCACAAUUAAAGAUGAGGGAGUUGCUUAUCUAGCUCAACAUGAUUUGUUCGCACAGAUACCACGCCUUAAAGAAGAUAUAUCAAUUCCUGACUAUUGCUUUGUUGAUACUAAACCUUAUCUUGUAUCAUCAAAUAACGUUCAAUACACUCUUCCUCCGGAUGUUAUUAUAAAUGCAUGGUUUGGUCCCCAAGGAACGAUAUCUCCUAUGCAUACCGAUCCAUAUAAUAAUCUUCUAGCUCAAGUAGUUGGACAGAAAUAUGUUAGAUUAUAUGCGCCUUUUGAAACUUCUAAAGUAUAUCCUUUUGAACAUGAAACUCCAGAUCUAGAACGUUUCCCACUUUUUGCUUCUGCUAAUUAUUUGGAAUGCGUUCUGGAACCAGGAGAUUUGUUGUAUAUUCCAGUGAGUUAA